GGAUAAACAAAACCUUCUCCAGGAAGAGUUGAAAACCACAAAUACAUUAAUGGAAAACCAAGAAAAUUAUGAGUACAUAGCGUUAAGUUUUUCCAAAAUUCCUCAAUACCUUACAAAAUUACAAAAUAUACGCAACACCAUGGUAACGAUGCUAACUCGAUCAAAAAAUAUGAAUCAGCGAGUUGCCAAUCUUAAAUUAUUUAAAGAACAGCAAUUUGCACAAAUUGCCAAAAUACAUCAACGUGAAAAAACUCUUGAUCAGACUGUUUUGGCUGCAAAGGUUGUUGAAACUAACCCUAUUGAACAACAAGACGAU